CUCGGCACUUCGGACCUCCUCACCUCCUGUCAAUAUCCCGGGGUUAGGGUUGUGACCAUUCGGCCAAAGACCGAAGGUAGGCGGUGAGGCAUGCCGGCGGCAGAAUCCGGCUUUGGGCCUGCAUUGAUUGAUCCCGUCCGCCGAGGCCUCACGACAACCGAAUCCGCACGUUGAGGUUGAGGUUUUAAGCCUGUCGGGCGCGUUGCAAGUCCAAUGUCGGCCCACACAGCGUUGCGCCUCGCUGCGCGCCCCCUGCAACGACCGACCCUUCUUCAUCAAUUGGUGGCCACCUCGGUUCAAAAACCUCUAUCGAAUCGCCCGUCAAUAUGCCUGCGUUGCAGCAUUCCCGCCCACCCCCGGUCCGGCCCCGGUCGAGCCCAUCUCUUCUCGACCGCCCCGCCGCCACCACGACAGCCGCCGCCGCCGGAGCCAACUCCUGAAGACACCACCACCAAACCGGAGCCGGAACUAGCCACCCCGGGAGACUCCCCAUCACAAGCAUCGCCGCCACCCCCCGAACAAGCCAUACAACUACCCCCACCCGACCCCGAGCCGAGCCCCUCUCCCACCACCACCACGACCCCCUCCGAAUCACCCUCACCAGAGGAGUCGUCUUCUGAGAGGCCGUCCCCAGAGAAACCGUCCCCAGAGAAACCGUCCCAAGAACAACCCCCCGAACCCGACUCCCCCACCGGUCCUCGCCCGCAAGCCAACGAGCAACAACCCCCCUCACAGGACCCCUCCCUCCCCUCCUUCACCGAAACCCACCGGCACCCGCUCUCCGCCCGCUUCAGCACCUUCAUGGACAACCUCCAAUCGCGCAGCGUCAACGCCACCCAGGCCAUCAACGACCUGACCGGCUACACCUCCAUCGAAGCCAUCAAAGCGCGCAACACCCAACUCGAAACCGAGCACGCCACCGCCCAACAGCGCCUACACGCCGCGCGGCACAACUACAAGAGCCUCACCUCCCACCGCGCCGCCACCCAGCGCGAGGUGACCACCCUGCUCGCGCGCAAGGACACGUGGAACCCGGCCGACCUGGAGCGCUUCACGACGCUGUACCGGCUGGACCACGAGCUCGAGACGCAGGUCAGCGCCGCGGCCGAGGAGCUGACCGAGGCCGAGACGGACGAGGCGCGCCUGGGCGGGGAGCUGAACGCGGGCAUCCUGAAGCGCUACCACGAGGAGCAGAUCUGGAGCGACCGCAUCCGGCGCCAGUCGACCUGGGGCACGUGGGGCCUGAUGGGCGUGAACGUGGUGCUGUUCUUGGUGCUGCAGUUUGUGGCCGAGCCGUGGAGACGGCGGAGGUUGGUUAACGGGAUUGCGGAGAGUGAGAGGGGGGUUAUGGACGAGGUUCGCAGGGAGCUGGCGGAGGUGCGUGUCGCGCUGGAGGCGAGUGGGUUGAGGGAGCGGGAGGAGGCUCGGGUGGCGGCGGCGGCGGCGGCUGCUGCUGAUGGUGCUGAUGGUGCUGGUACUGCUGAUGCUGCUGAUGCUGCUUCGUGGCCUGAGGAGGCUGAAUCCCAGCCCCAUGGUGUGGCUGGUGACGUUGGGAAUACCACCACCACCACUGCAGCUGCUGCUGCUCCUGCGAUGGCGGCACCCGUGGAGGCCGAGGAGUGGAAAGCGCCAGCGAAACCGUGGAAGGAGUUGCUCGUGGACUUUUGGGAGGAUCCGGAGUUGCUCCGGGAGGCCGUCUUGGAUUUGUCCAGCGACAGGAGGAUAGACUUGCGGAUGCGCGAUGCGUCACUCAUCGCCCUCCAAGGGGCGGCGGCCGGAGCAACCGUGGCCGUGGUGCUCGCGUUCUCGUUGUUGCGCAACCCAUGAUGCAUCCCCUUAUCCACCACUAAGCGUGUUGUAAUAAAACUGACUACAUAUAGACUCCUGACUUAUGUACAAUAUUUAAGCCUAUAUAUAUAGACUUGCUUAGACCUCCACACC